AACAGAAACCAAUCUUUUACACAAGUAAAAGAAUGACAGAGCCGGAGACGAGAUACCCAACACUCGAAAAAAUGGCCUUAGCUGUCGUUACCUCGGCCAGGAAAUUGCGACCCUACUUUCAGUCGCACACGAUUGGAUUGCUCUCCAACCAACCACUCCGAACGGUUAUGCAGAAUACCAACCAGUCAGGACGAUUGACUAAAUGGGUGAUGGAGCUGAGCGAACACGACAUCCUGUACAGGAAUCGCACAGCAGCAAAGUCACAGGUUCUUGCAGACUUCUUGAUCGAGUUAACACCAGAAUUGGAGCAAGACCUCAUCCUACCAAGUUUGAACUGGAUCCUCCACGUUGACGGUUCAUCCACGAGUAAAGGGUCGGGGGCAGGAGUGCAACUGCAAUCACCAACAGGAGAACUCAUCCGGCAGUCAUUCGGUUUUGGUUUUGCGGC